AUGGCUCCUUCGACCGGAAUCCCAAACGAAUCCCGUCGUCGCCCGCGCUCUACCGGAUUACAGCUCCCAGAUAUGCGGCAAGGGAGACCUCAGUUGACCUUAUCGGAGCCUUCUGCCAUGGCCCCAUCUUUUUCUCCUCCCAUGUCUGUACCUCCUGGAGCUGUUCCUCACGCAUCUGCCGGCUCUUCAAGUGCAGCGCCUGCGGCUCCUGCCCCUUAUGUCAGGAGAAGAGAAGAUGCUCUACUACGUGCGCCAUCUAGACGUAACCAGCCACACCUCCAUCCUGACAAGAUCAAUGGAGCAUUGUGGUUUGGUAUUGAUCCUGAAGUCCAUGCUUUUAUCCGAGCAACAUGGCAGGGAAACUAUUGGGGGUCGUGGGCAAGCUGGAACUUCGUUCCACCUGAGAAGAAGGAUCAGUGGUGGCAUGCGUUCAUUCAACACUACUACUGGGAGGACCAAUUCCAUGAUGAAAUCUACUUGAAAUGGAAGAAACAAACUCAGGUUACCGUCUGUGGCCGCAUCAGCCAGAAAAAGAGAGAUAACCGGCAACCUUCCUACAUGUCAGACGCUCACUGGGCAACAAUGGUUGAGAAGUACAACACUGAGCAAGCGAAAAAGAAGAGUGCAAAAGCUGCAAAAUCUCGUAAGUCUGCUCCAGUUGGGAAGAAGAUGCACAAGCACGGUGCAGGCCCACGCUGUUUCCUUAACAUUCAGUAUAAUAUGAUGGUUGAUGAAGGUUUGGAUGAACCACCUUCAUACACAGCCCUUGCGAGGAAGACUCACACGGGUAAAAACGGCUCCUUCUUAGACGAACGUACAGAGUAG